AUAACAAAAUAACAAAGUGAAAGGAUGGAGCACAUAUAUGUAUUUUUUCUUAAUUAAAAUUUACUCGUAUUCAUUCGGAAACAAAAAGCCUAGGAAGAGAACUGAUUUAUACCAUAUGUUAUUAAAUCGCUUUAAAAAUGCUGGUCUCAUAUGAAAAUGCAUCUAUUUCUGGGCAGGGCUGAGCUCCCAAUGUUCCAGGAUCCUAACAACGCCUCUGGGUGGUAGACAGUGUGCGCGCGGCCGCGCAGGUAAUAUUGCUCAAUGUCUAAAAUUAAUAUUACAAAAUAUCUCAAACACAUGGAGGACUCCAAAAUUCCUGGCACGUUGCGUCCCUUCAGCAACCCUGCUGGUGUUACCUCAUCUAUGUGCCUGCUGAUCACUGCCGUACCUUCAGCUGUCGGCUGUUCUCGGUUUGCUCUCGUGCUUCAUCGACGAUUCAAGGCGCGUGCCUGCAAGAGAAGCGGCAGCAGCGGCACGCGCAUCCUCGGAUCCAGAUCAGAGCAUCUGCAGUGGCGCCGAGCCGUCUCUCAGCAGACCUGGACCCGCACCAUGAGCCCGCAUCGCGUCUGAUGGCGGUGAUGCUUUGGUGAACAGCUCUGCAGAUUGACGUGACAUCGCGUGAGGGGCCCGGACUCCACAAUGAAGCUGCUCCUUGUGAUGACUUUCUUAUUCCGCCAGGCAUUUUCAGUUUCUCCGAGCGUCCAGAUCGGUGGUUUGUUUCCCAGGGGUGCAGAUCAGGAGUACAGUGCAUUCAGAGUUGGGAUGGUUCAGUUUGGGAUGGCAGAUUUCAGACUGACUCCACAUAUAGAUAACCUGGAGGUGGCCAACAGCUUUGCUGUUACUAAUUGCUUUUGUUCCCAGUUCUCCCGGGGCGUCUACGCCAUUUUUGGUUUUUAUGACAAGAAGUCGGUCAACACCAUCACAUCCUUUUGUGAGACGCUCCAUGUCUCCUUCAUCACACCAUCUUUCCCAGCAGAAGGAAUGAAUCAGUUUGUUCUCCAAAUGAGGCCAGACAUCAAGGGGCCCCUAGUUUCAUUAAUAGAAUACUACAAGUGGGAAAAGUUUGCCUAUCUGUAUGACAGUGACAGAGGUCUUUCUACUCUUCAGGUGAUACUAGACACUGCGGCAGAGAAAAAGUGGGUUGUAACAGCAAUAAAUGUAGGUGACCUGAAAGAUGAGAGAAAAGAUGAAGCCUACCGCUCCCUCUUUCAGGACCUGGAGAUCCGUAAAGAACGACGCAUCAUCCUGGACUGCGAACAAGAUAAAGUGAAAGAUAUUAUGGAGCAGGUGAUCACUAUCGGCAGACAUGUUAAAGGACACCACUACAUCAUCGCAAACUUAGGAUUUCUGGAUGGUGACCUGUCUAAAAUCCAGUAUGGAGGUGCAAAUGUGUCUGGAUUUCAGAUAGUUGAUUUUGAUGAUCCUGUGGUGGCAAAGUUUGACCAACGGUGGGAAGCUCUGGAGGAGAAAGAGUAUCCUGGUGCAGAUACACGAAUCAGAUACACCUCAGCCCUCACCUAUGACGCAGUCCAUGUGAUGACUGAGGCAUUUCGCUUCCUGCACAAGCAGAGGAUAGACAUGAGCCGUCGUGGCAACAGUGGGGACUGCCUAGCUAAUCCAGCAGUACCUUGGGCACAGGGUGUGGAGAUUGAACGUGCCCUCAAACAGGUACGUGUUGAUGGUUUAACUGGAAACAUUCAGUUUGACCAGUAUGGAAAGCGAAUCAACUACUCAGUGACAAUCAUGGAGCUUAAGAACAACGGACCUGUAAAGAUCGGCUAUUGGAAUGAGGUGGAUAAGAUGGUACUGACAAAGUCAGAGCUUUAUAAUAAUGACACAAUGGGAAUGGAAAACAAGACCGUCAUCGUUACAACUAUACUGGAAGCUCCUUAUGUGAUGCUAAAAAAGAAUGCUGAACUGUUUCAAGACAAUGACCGUUACGAAGGUUACUGUGUUGACCUGGCUGCAGAAAUCGCAAAGCACUGUGGGAUACGCUACAAGCUUAGGAUUGUGGGGGAUGGUAAAUACGGAGCACGAGAUGCUGAGACCAAGAUCUGGAAUGGGAUGGUUGGAGAGUUGGUGUAUGGGAAAGCAGAUAUAGCAGUUGCUCCCCUGACGAUUACUCUUGUUCGAGAAGAGGUGAUUGAUUUCUCCAAACCUUUCAUGUCCCUGGGAAUCUCCAUCAUGAUCAAAAAGCCUCAGAAGUCCAAACCAGGAGUCUUCUCCUUUCUGGACCCACUUGCCUAUGAAAUCUGGAUGUGCAUCGUCUUUGCCUACAUUGGAGUCAGUGUUGUUCUCUUUCUGGUGUCGAGAUUCAGCCCUUACGAGUGGACACUUGAGGAGCCAGAAGAUGGAGCACUGCCACUGACAACCGAAUCAACCAAUGAGUUUGGGAUCUUUAACUCUCUAUGGUUCUCGCUGGGAGCUUUCAUGCGACAGGGGUGUGACAUCUCACCAAGGUCUCUUUCAGGUCGUAUAGUUGGAGGGGUGUGGUGGUUUUUCACUCUGAUCAUUAUUUCUUCAUACACUGCCAACCUGGCUGCCUUCUUGACGGUGGAGAGAAUGGUUUCUCCCAUUGAGAGUGCUGAGGACCUUGCUAAGCAGACAGAAAUUGCAUAUGGGACACUGGACUCUGGGUCAACCAAAGAAUUCUUCAGGCGCUCUAAAAUUGCCUUGUUUGACAAGAUGUGGCAGUACAUGAAAUCCGCAGAGCCUUCUGUGUUUGUCAAGAAAACAUCGGAGGGUGUCCAGCGUGUGAGGAAGUCCAAAGGAAAGUACGCCUACCUACUGGAGUCCACCAUGAAUGAAUACAUUGAACAGCGGAAACCCUGCGACACCAUGAAAGUGGGAGGAAACCUGGACUCUAAAGGCUACGGGAUUGCCACGCCCAAAGGAUCCCCAUUAAGAGUGCCAGUAAACCUUGCCGUAUUGAAACUGAAUGAGCAAGGGACCCUAGACAAGAUGAAAAACAAGUGGUGGUACGAUAAAGGAGAAUGUGGCUUCAAGGACUCCACCAAUAAGGAAAAGACCAGUGCUCUGUCUCUUAGCAACGUGGCAGGAGUUUUCUACAUCCUGGUUGGAGGCCUGGGUCUAGCCAUGAUGGUGGCACUGGUAGAAUUCUGCUACAAGAGCCGCGCUGAAGCCAAGAAAAUGAAGAUGAAAUUCACAGAUGCAAUGCGCUCCAAAGCUCGUCUGUCUAUCACUGGGUCAACAAGUGAGAAUGGCCGUGUUCCAGUGGCUUACCUUCGCCCAGGAUUACCCAUGAGCCUCAGUAUGACUGAUCUCUCAUGACCUCACACAAGUCAGUGCCUUACAGCCAGUCAACACACUUUCAUCGAUCUUCGCUGUAAGUGAAGUGGACAGAAAAGGUUGCCCUCAUCAAGAAAAAGACAAGACAUGUUACCAGUAAUAUUGGGCGACAUGCCCCACUUUUUAUUCUGGAUUUGAGUCUUUUAAAACUCUCUAGAUACAUUGGUCUGCAAAAACUAGGCAGAUGUCCUUCUACUAUCUCAUUGUCAGGCUUCUGAAAAGACCUGCACACUUGUAAAGUGAAUCACACGACGAUCAAAGUGAGAGAUGGCUGGUCCUACACAAAUCCAUAAUAAACAAUCAAGCACAGAGGACAGAUUUUUUAAAUCAAAUAUUACUUGUUUUGUAGAUUUCUGCCAUGGAGGCUUCCCUUGUACAGAAAACAAGGACGACAGUGAUACCGAUGUUCAUGCAAUAACAACAGCUAUCAGGGAUGUGAUCAGGAACUGUGGGGAUACAAGCAGGACCUUGUUUGAAAUGUGUUGAAGUGCCAUGAACAAAAACUGAUGUCCUGAAAAAUCAGUAUGUAUUGUGUUAAAUAAUGAUGUGAUUGUUCCAAUUUGUUUCUUCUGUUUGCCUGUAAAUCCUUAUUUGAGAAAGGUGUAAAAACAACACACACACACACACAAGUCGAAUCGAAUAUUAACAGAAAUCAAUCAAAAUUUAAUAGGAUUUGUUGUUGAUGAGGUUCUGGAAUUAUAAUUAUGACAUUUAGUGAUUCUGUUAAAAACACCAAAUCCAUGCAACAAAGGCUGACAUCCAUUCUUUUGUUUACUUCAACAUAAGUUAUAAAGAAUCUUAUCACUACAUUUUUGUAGUAAAAACCUAAUGUAUUAACACUUUCCACUUGUACUUGAUCUGAAAUACUAUUUAAGCCAUGUGAAGCAUUCAUGUUUCAAAAAAAUACUCUAGAUCCAUCAAUCCAUUCAUCCAUCCAUCGAACCUUGUUUGCUUAGCUGAGGUUAGCCAAAGAGCCAGCAAGUUCUAGGUCUUUUCAAGGAACUCUUCCCAGUUGGACAUGCCUGAAAACCCCCAUAUGAAAGAAAAAAGACGGUUCAAUGCAUGCAGGGGAUCAGCAGCUCUAGAUUUAGCUCCACUCGGAUCAUGAAGCUAAGGAGCUCUUUACCCUAACUCUAGGAAGGAGCCCUACAGCUCAGUACAGAAACAUGUACCUAUAAUCACAUUAUCUAUGUCUCAUGACUGUUGGUGAAGGGGGAGCUGUAAAUUUAGAGCUCCAGAAUUCCAGCUCAGUUCUUUCCUUUUCUCUAUCGAUCAGUACAAUGCCCUCCAUCCUGCAAAAAAGGCCUCUCUCUGCAAAGAAGGCAUCUCUCACUCCAUUAUACCAUCACUGCCGCUAUCAUCCCAAACCAGAUUCCACCUUUUCAUGGAGGACGGUUGAUAACUGUCUGCUGAUCUCUAUAGGUUGCAAACUGCUGUAAACCACCGUGCAAGUUGACAGUGAUUUUCCAAUGGCACCAGUAGAACCAUGUCAUCUGCAAAAAGAUAACAUGCAGCCUGGAGGUUCUCAGAACAGACAUCCUUCUUUCCAAAAGUACCAAGUCACCCAUCAGCCCUGUUGGAGCCAAAGCUCUACAAGAAACAAGUUGUGCUGAAGAUGCAAAACCAGGCCUUGCUUUUGUAAUACAGGAAACACAUGGCCUACAAAAGGAACCCUGGCAUCCUACUGCACCCCCGCAACAUACUUCAGGGGAUAUAUUCAUAAAAGCCCCAAAGCUUCUCCUGGAUCUGAGGUUCACCAAUCAGCCUCAGACUUAUUUAGCAACACCCCGGAGUAAACUUUACCAAGGGGGCAGUGUGUUCCCCUGGACCACUUUCUUGGUGUGCCACUCCACAGGCCUCCUAUGAAACAUUGAGAAGACAUUUCAACAAUGUCCACCUGCCAACAUUAAGAACCUUCACCCUGACACAUUUCCAACAGAGAGCUUUUCCUUACCUUAGCCACCUUUGCCACAGUAAUAUUCUUGCCUUCCCUGAGCCAGUAGAUUCAGCGCAGGCAAGGAUUAAGGAUUUCCUCAGAAUAAUCUUCUCACCUGUCAACAGUGUCUUCAGUCAUGAGCAGCAGUUUUACACCUAGCACCUUUCUCCCCUGGGAACUCCAGAGUAUAGCAGAAUAUAGUCCCUCUUAAAGAGUUUGCUUCCAGCAAUAAAGCUGUGUAUGAACCUCAACUGUUUCUAGGUGGUAUUGCUCAAGUUCACACCCAAGAUCCCCUCCUUUCCCACUUGUAGGUUAGCAUUUCAUGUCCAUCAAGCUGAUUUAUGACAUUGGAAAUAGGCACACACAGAACCUCAGUCUUACCUUCCUGCCAACUCAUUCUGCACCAGAAACUCUCCCUGCAGGUGGUAGGUUCACAUGGAGAUGGACUCCUGCAGCCGUUUCUGGUUAGUCCUUGCUGUGCCCCAGGAACCAGGACUCAACCAUCAGGCCAGGGUCCAGGGCGGAGCUAUGAUUUCAGUAUUCCAGAUUAGGUGACCAUAUCAUAGAUGUGAAAUUUGAGAUGAGUAUUUCAGAACAGUCUUGUGUAAAACACAAGGUAAUUAAUUUUAUUGACUUUAUAAAGUUAAGAUGAUAAUAUUUUGAAUAAAGUAGUGAUGAGGAGAGGAAGAGCAAGUGCACAAGUGGUGAUGUGAUCACAGUGCACAUGUUUGACACUGUCCAAAUGUAUUUAUUAAAUAAAUAUGAAAACAUAAAAAGGGAAACAAGACUAAAUAUUUAGUUUAAAAUCCAUUCUAAACUUGACAGGUAGAGUUGUGUGCAUUUUUUUUUUACCAUUCUUAUUGUUUUAAAAUUUAAAGAAAAACUACUUCCUUGCACACAUUAAAUUAAGGCUCCAUUGACAACAUGACAUGGUCAGGGCCAUUCCUACAGUACCUGGAAAUCCUUCAGCGCCACAGAGGACAUUGUGUUUUUUAUGCACCAAGGUAAACUACAUUUUUUUCUGUAAAUAUGAAGAUGUGAAAUGAAUUUAUUUUCUUUUUUAAAGCCAACAUACAACAACAUAUACUCACAUUGUUUACUGUACAUGGCGUACACACUUAAAAUGCAUCACACAAGAUCCCUGCACCCUUACAUUUGCAUGUGCGUACGCACAUAUUAUCAUCAGAGGAGUUCUGAAGCCAAGUGGAUGAUGUGCCAAACAGACUGAGAAGCUAUCAGAGCUCUCUAACGGCAGCUGCUGAAACUGUAUCCUGAGCCAGCAGAAGCUCUCACUGCUGUGAGACGGACAAAAUAAUGUGAAAACUUUUCAAAUGUUACUGCAAUGAUGGUGCCAACAAUGACGAGGAGGAUGAAGAGUGGACAAAAAGAGCAUUUGCAUGUCACUUUUUUUUUUUCUGCUCAACCAUUCAGUCUGAACCCUUGUGACUGGCUGCAUAGUAGUGUGUGAUACUGAUAGCCGUUAGAAGAAUAUAAUGAUAUUAAUUACAGUACUAAUGUUGUUCCUGUUAUGUAAGUGUAUGCUUUUAAGAAUUUGAUCCUGCUGUUUCAUUUCUAACAACGCUGUUCUUGUUUGGCUACUUUUAAGCUUAAUGGGAAGCUAAAACGCACUUCAACCUUACAAAUGUCUGACACAUGAGCAACACAAGCCAAGGGGUAUGCUUCAGUUCCUGCUAAAGAACAUGUAUCAUUUCUACCAUUGCCACAUGUGGCAGGUUUAUCACUGGGAUGUCCAUGGUCCGGACAAACACUGAGAUGUGUGAAAAUCAUCACAGUUCACUGCUGACUUUGUGUUCGGUUUCUCUUUUUCUAUUAAAAUAAUGAAAUUUGGAAGAAAAAAAAAGUUGUUACUUUUCAACAGUGAAGUCAUAAGUUUUCAGUGUAAGAAACUUUGUGGAUGAUUUUUAACAUAUUGCCUCAUGAAUACAUAAGAAGAACAGUACUGUAUUAGAGUGACAUUUACCAAAAGGCUUGGGACAGAGUGCAAUCUGAAUCAGUCAGUGUAAUAAUUAUAACUGUGCGGAAUUUGAGUUGGUCUUUUUAUUAGUGAAUACAUCAGAUAUUGGCCUACUACAAUGCCUUACUGAUUUUACAUUUUGUUGUAUUACAACUACAUAUUGUAUUGAACCUUGGGAUUUAUUUUGUGAUAGACCAACACAAAGUAGUGCAGAACUGUGAACUAGAAGCAAGACUAUACACGGUUUUGGUAGAAGAGUGCAGCAAGCAUACAUAUUCAGCCCCAGAGUGAGUCAAUAGUUUGUAGAACCACCUUUUGCUACAGAGGUCUCCUGGAUUAUGUCUCUGCCAGUUUUGCCUUACUAUAGACUAAAGGGUUUGCCCAAACAGAGUUGAUGAAAGGCAUCUGUAGGAAAAAUAUCAAUUUUCAAGUCUUGCCAAAGAUUUUUAAUUGGAUUUAAGUCUGGACUGUUACUGAACCAUUCCAACUAGAGCUUGACUAGGUAGUAUUCCACCAUUGUAGCUGAUAGAUCAUGGCAGCACCAUAGAAUGAUAUGAAUUGUUCCAUUGUAGCUCUGGCUGUAGGUUUAGGGUUUUUGUCCUGCUAGAAGGAGAACCUCUGCUCCAGUCUCCAGUGAUUUGCAGCUGCUAACCGGCUGUUUAUGGGAUUAUACAAUCAGCUCUAACCUGCUGGGUUCCUUGGUAUUUAUGAUACUGUUUGUUCACUAAUGCUCUCUUAAACCUCUGAAGCCUUCACAGAACAGAUGGAUUUAUACCCAGAUUAAAUUACCUCCAAAUGGACUUUAAUAAUUAGGUGACUUUUAAAGGCACUGGAUUUUCUUUAGGAGUAUCAGAGUAAAACAUACACGUCACAAUCCUCAGCUUUUAUUUGUUCUUAUUGCUCCACCAUUUUUCACUUCAUUGUGUUGGCCUAUUACAUAACCUCUCAAUGCAUACAUUGAAGUCUGUGGCUGUAUGGUGACAAAAUGUGAAAAAGUGUAUGAAUAGUUUUGCAAGGCAGCAUGUGAAGGAGCCAGAAUAGAAAUGCACAGGCCAUGCUAAUACUCCUUAAGGGUGCACAGCAACAUAUUGCCUCCUUAGGUGGGCCUUUAGUUACAGAACGUGCAGAAUUUGUUGUUAUAUGCAAAUGUCACUAUAAGAGGGUUUGACUGUAUUCACAAAGGAACACUUGUUGUGUUGACACUUGGUUUGUAAUCUAUUUACAGUAAAUAUUAAACAUGCAUGCUCUCCACAUGA